CAUGAAUCUACUCUGGAAUAACAAACAUACUGGAGGAGGAAAAGGCUAUAGCUAGUAAGACAGUUAGUCAUUCAGAGUAUAUAUAAGUAUAGCAAAUUGAAGACCUAACAAUCUCUCUCUAGUAAUGGCUCUGCAAUGUACAGCGAUUGUUCUAUUGAGUAUCCUCAGUGUUGGGUCGAGUAUUCGUGACAUUACCUUGCAAGAGUUUGGUGCAGGAGAAGACGUCGUGGAUGCAGUCAUAGCUAUCAUGGACUCAAUGUUCCCUUCUGAUAGCACAUUCUGGACCGAAGGAGAUGACAGUGUGUUCUUUAAAGAUUUGGCUCUAGUGGAAUCUGACUACGGACAAAAUGCAGAUACAUUCACGGUUAGUCAUCUUGGUGGAAUAUGGCAAGUGACGGAAAGUGCGUUUGACGAAACCAAAGAUAUUGUAUUCAUACGAAGAAAUCCUGACUACGCUGACAUAUUGGAUGAAAUAUCUGAUGUCCUUUCAAUAACUUGGGUAACUGGAUCAUUUGUUGGUUUGAACAAACCACAGUUUUCUCUCAUAGCAGCAAGGCUUGUUCUCCAUCUUAGAGCAGCGGAGAGCACAACUGAUGCAGACAAGGCAUCGUGUGAAACAAUUCCAACAUUAGAUGACAAAGAUGCGUACGCUGAGUAUUGGUAUCGAUGCUAUCGUGGGGAGACGAGUGGAAGUAUCGAGGAAUUUGCAAACAGGAUUGACAAAGAAGUUUGCAGUGUUCCAACGGAUAUGAUGUUUGUACUGGACUCUUCUGGCAGUAUUAAUUUUGCUCACCCUGACAACUGGGACAGAAUAAAAUAUUUCACUGGCAACUUUACUCAGGGUCUCUUGAGUAGCAAUGUCAAUCAAAAUCGAAUCGGUAUUAUCACCUACAGUUACUAUGCAACUAUCCAUUCCGAUCUAACGGGAGAUCGAGACACGAUACUUGACGUUAUUGCUAACUUACCUUUCGAUGGUUAUACAACAAACACGGCUCUUGGACUCUGCCAAUUACUGCAUAUAAACUGGAGAGAAGAUGCCCUUCGACUAGUUAUACUCAUGACAGAUGGAAAAUCCAAUAGCGUUUCUCCCGAGUGUGGCUCAACCCUUGAGGCACCCCUGUUCAUUAAUUCACAGUUGUGCCCAUCACCUCUCUAUUACGUAAUCGGAGUAACGGACAACAUAAACACUACUGAACUGCGUGCCAUUGCAACCGGUCAAGAGUAUAUUGACAACUUGGACAGCUUCGAAAACACUGCAGUUCUAUCCGAAUUCAGGAGACAUCGUACCUACCAAAUCUGUUACAAAGCUUCUUCCUUCUUAUGUGACAGUGGCAGUAAUAAGACUAAUUUUUCUCGAGGGGACCGUGUACGCUAUCAGGUUGACGUGGGGGAAGGGGUGACUGUGCGACUAUGCGUGAAAAACGGACAGAUCGCUUUGUAUGCAUCGAUAACUAUACCAACUCCUAAUAGAGCCUUAAAUACAUUCUCUUUCGAAAAUGGACUAUUAAAUGCCGAGUGUGAAGAUAUUUUCGUCGACCCUAAAAUGCUUGUGUCUUUAAGAGACACUGCUAUAAACCGAUUUAAAGACAGAAAACGACAAGUACAUGUACAGACUUUGGAAAACAUCACCCUCUUUGUAACAAUUGAAGGGCUAGCUGAUAACAGCUCAUUCACGCUUGAGACGCCAGCUGGAAAUUCAAGCAUAUAUUCUACCUCAUGCACGAGUGGUCUUUGUGGAGCUAACACAGUUUGCUUUGAUGAGAUAAUUGGUUACAGCUGUGUCUGUCGAGAUGGUUACUCAUUUAAGGACAAUCUGAAGGACUGCAAACAAGUGAACGAGUGUAAGCAGCAACCUCCACCUUGUGACCUAUCAGCAUACUGUGCUGACACUGUGGGUAGCUUUGAGUGCACAUGUCACCCUGGCUACGAAGGUGAUGGGAGGACGUGUGUGUUGAAUGAUAACUCUGAGCUACGAUUGACUGUGUCAGUGGUGUGUGCUAUUGGAGGAGGGGUUAUUUUAUUGGUGGUGGUGAUGGCAGCCAUACUUACGAUCUCCAUGGGCCUGAGACAGCCAAAAAAAGCAGCAAAUGACAAUUAAUUCCCUCCCAUUCUCAAAAGACAUCAUUAACAUUUGAUAUAAUUUUUAUAUACUUACAAUCAUUGUUUGUACAAAAUUUGUUUAGUAUGACUACUUAAGUUUGAGCACAAACAAAUUGAACACGUACACAAAACACACAUAAAAAAACAAUACCUGCAAUAGCGCUAUAAGAAUAAAUAUACAGGUAUAGUUCAGUAUAAGUGUUCUUAGGCUUUUUCUGAGCUGAGGUAGGCCAGUGCAAUUGGUUUCUUGGAUGGUCCGGUCACCUCGUACACAGGAGAAGCAUUAUCAGCUAUGACAGGGGGUGGAGUUUUGGGCGUGGUCGACUUGCUCGAGUCUGUCUCCAAGAUUCCCAAUGCGAGGGAUUCCAGUUCGUUGGAGAGGGAUAGCUGGUACACAAUAAUGGCGGCUGUGUUGGA